AUGAAAGUGAACUCUUGCGGGCACCAUCACAUGGAAAUUGCAUCAGUCCCUAUUUUAUCAACAAUUAACCAUUAAAUUCGACGAAAAUCAAUUAAAAUCCGAGGUCAAAGUCUUAUCAGAAAUCGAAGAUGGCACAAAGCAAAUUCAACGAUUUGGCAGGAAAAUUCGGCAAAGGAGGUCCUCCGGGAUUGAAUGCUGGCUUAAAAGCUCUCGUCGGUAUCGGAGCUUUAGCUUAUGGCGUUUCGCAAUCCAUGUACACAGUUGAUGGAGGUCAUCGUGCCAUUAUUUUCAGUCGUAUUGGCGGAAUUCAAAAUGAAGUUCAUUCUGAAGGUUUGCAUUUCCGGAUUCCAUGGUUUCAAUACCCCAUAAUUUAUGACAUUCGUUCGAAACCGAGAAAAAUUUCGUCGCCUACCGGUUCGAAGGAUUUGCAAAUGGUGAAUAUUUCGUUGCGUGUCUUGUCUCGUCCAAAUGCGCAAAAUAUCCCGCAAAUGCAUCGUCAACUCGGCUUGGAUUACGACGAAAAAGUUCUUCCUUCGAUUUGUAACGAGGUUCUUAAGAGUGUCGUUGCCAAGUUUAAUGCGUCGCAACUCAUCACGCAACGUCAACAGGUUUCGUUGCUCAUUCGACGCGAACUCGUUGAACGUGCUGCUGACUUUAACAUCAUCUUGGAUGACGUUUCGCUCACGGAAUUGUCCUUCGGCAAGGAAUACACAGCAGCUGUCGAAAGCAAACAAGUUGCCCAACAAGAAGCUCAACGAGCAGCUUUCUUCGUUGAACGUGCCCGUCAAGAGAGACAACAGAAAAUCGUACAAGCUGAGGGAGAAGCAGAAGCUGCCAAGAUGUUGGGUCUUGCUAUCGGACAAAAUCCCGGUUAUUUGAAGUUGAGAAAGCUGCGAGCAGCUCAAAGUAUCGCAAGAACUAUGGCAAACAGCCAAAACAAGCUUUACCUCUCAGCCAACACCCUUAUGUUGAACAUUUCCGACAGCGAAUUCGACACAGCAGCCCAGAAAUUAGGAGAAAAUUCGCCAUCAUCGCCCAAUCGUAGUCAAGAAUCCAUUCAUGAAGUGACAAAUAGUGUCGUUCACUUGCUAAAAGGAGUUCAGGAAUAAAUUUUAUUUGCAUUUUUUUACCGUUAAUUCUUGUUGGAAUCUAUUGGAUCAAAAAAAAAAUUAAAAUUAAGGAUAGUGCAAUUUCA